AUGGAACCACUAAAGGCGACUCCCAGUCGGGUUCCGUAUUCUCUAGCACAACGACGUGGUCGUCUCCCUAGUCAUUCGACAGCGGCUUCGUUCAACAGAGGUGUACCUGAUCUUGAAGGCGUACUCACCUCACGAGUGGUCACCUUUCGGAUCGGUCCAGACCGAAAGCCAUUCCAGAUCCACGAGAAGCUCGUAGCUUCCCGAUCAGUAAUCUUCGACCGCAUGCUGGCCAAUAAUAUGCGCGAGUCCCUCGAGGGUGUUGUCGAUAUUGAAGACGUCGAGCCAGAGCCUGACAACGCCAAAUUGAUUCCAGGAGAGACCUACGACUCCCUUCUCGAACACGUCCUAAAAUAUGACUUCGGACUAUCCAAAAAGCAACCGUAUCUACGAUAUCUGACGCUUUUCAUCAACCAAGGAACCCCCGGAAAGCUGUACGGCAUGCCGCCCGGGUUCCCGUGGAAUAAGGACGAGGAACUCGAGGCAAAUUUUGACCUCAUGGUCGCAAAUCGCCUGUUUGGGGAAAUUUGCAUGCAUCACGUUCAGCUCUACAUACUCGCCGACAGAUACGACAUUGCGCAGCUGAGGCAGGUUAGCCUACACCGUCUCCACAGCUCUUUGACGCGCGCGAGACUCAGCGACGCUGGGUACCAGCUUCUCUUCGGCGUCAUCGAGUUCGCGUUCACCAACACAAUGCCGGGAGACAAGAUACGAAAGCUGCUGAUUCAGACAUGCGUUGCCGACUUUAGCAUGGUGCGCGCGAUGCCCAGCUUCACCGAUCUGCUGCAUCGCGUACCUGAGCUGGGGGUUGAAAUAAUGACUGAGCUCCCCACGUACUGGGAGGAAAGGAAGAAGGCUAUCAAUGAUGUCAAUGCAAAGUUUGCAUCGGCACAAUCGGACGCUACAACGAGCAAAGAAAAAUCUUGA